GGGUUUAAUUUAGAGGUAAAUAUGAGAGUGUUGAGGGGGUGGUGGAGGAACAGCCGCAGCAGACGACGCGCCAACAUGGCCGCCACCACAACCACUCUCCUCACUCGCUCUUUUAUUAACUUUCUGUCAAUUUCCUCGCCUUUAUCGCUACAGGUGCCAUUACGCAGCUUCCAUACAAGCCUUACAGCAUGCAAAUAUCCCAACUGGAAAAUGAUUAAGGAAGUAAAGCAUCGGAAAAUUGUGAAGGAAUUUGCAUUUGAGAGAAUGAACAUCAAUGCACUAAGAAAGAAUAAGAUCAUUCCACCAGCAAUUCAGGAAAUAGCUGACAAAGAGAUACAUGCACUACCUCGUAAAUCUAGCAUCUCUCAACUACACAAGCGGUGUAUGCUUACUUCUAGACCUCGUGGCCUUGUUACUAGAUGGAGGUUGUCACGUAUAGUGUGGCGUCAUGAAGCUGAUUACAAUAAAUUAUCUGGAGUGCAGCGAGCUAUGUGGUGAAGAGAAGGAUAUCAGGUAUUGCUAAAUAGGAUGGUAUUAUUUUUCUAAUAAAUGUGGAUUUGAUCAUGUUUUUUCGUGAAUUGAUACCAUGAGACUUAAGUUGGAUUUUUUGCCAUGUAUAUUGCUGAAUAUUCAGCAUACUGCUUCAGUCCUAAUCAUGACUUCUGAUUUUAUUAAUAAAUGCAGCACAAUUAACAACAGUUAUGAGAGUGCACUACAUCUGAUUACAAUUUCUGUAAAUAUUGGAAAGUUUUGUCCCUAUAAAAUGUUCUCUUUGUUAAAAGCUA